AUGACACAGCUAUCAGAUUACCCCGGGCCAACCCCCGACAAAGGGGAGGUUAAUGGCGAGUCCAUUGAGGAACGAUGCUUCUCGGCCGCUCUCAUCUGCCUCGAGGGCCAUUUUACACAAUCGCCUCCCAUGGGCCCCCAGACAGCUUCCCGUGUGAGCUCCAUGAUAUCAAAGACCCUUGAGAAGACGCACACGCUUAGGACAGCCCGUGAGGCACUCUCUCGGAACGUUGCCAUUUGGAUAUGGCUCACCAGGAUAUUUGCAGCCGCCAUUCCUAGCUUGACUACGAGGUCAGUAGGACCACUUUCUAGCUUAAAUGACCCAGAAAGGGGAGUUAGUCCACAGGAAAGCACCGCCUUGAUCGUCAUGAACCAUGCCUCUAUCAAAGAAGAUCUCGGGACUUUGAUAAAGCUGAUGCACAUUGCUCGGAACUUGCUCGUCAACGCAGAGCCAGAAGUUCCUCAGGAUAUUUGCGCAGCUGUACACUUUGACCAGAUGGUCUACCAAACUGUAAUACUUUGUGUGAAUGUCACGAGCAAGGGAUACGACGGCGACAUUUUGGACGAAACCCAGAGGCUGAAAUUGGCUGAUAUUACCGAACUAUAUAAGAAAUUGCUGGUUACUUCAUUACAACAAGCACAUAAUUGGACAGCCAAGCAUGACCGUAACAAGAUGUCAUUUUGGUUCGACGUACUCUUCGACGAAGACGAGGCCGCUUUUGGUGGACAUGACGAUGGACUAGGGGAUGGAUCUGGGUUUCGUCCUGAUGUGGCCAAGCAACAAGUUCAGCAUUGGCUGGAUCGCAACUCAAGAAUGUGUGAUACCGCGAGAAAGCUCCUCAAGGACUACGCCCAAAACCAUGCGGAUAAACCGCCUGGCAAUCUGGCCCCUAUUCGGCCACUGGCUUGGAAUUGGCUUCCCGAGGGCUCAGUCAACAUGCCCGGAGACCUGGAGGAUACUAACGAGAAGAUGAACCCUGUCUGGCGCCCAGAUGAGACAGAUAAAUUUGAGCAGGACAGAGCGUAUGGACGCGUGUCGAGGGAAAUAGAUACGUGGUGGUUGCGCGCUCGUGAUCCAAACUACGAGGAGUGGGUGGUCACUAUGCCCACAGUGGAAUUUGCGCAGUCAAGAACCGAGCACUGCAAGACGAAUUUGAUACAUCGGUAUGCUCAUUCAUAUCGAGGAGAUCACUCACCGCCACCGGAGGCGGCUGAUGAUGAACUUUCGGAGCACGAGCACUGUCACCAUUGCCCAGAAUGCCACGAGUGUCAUCAUCAUCAUGACGACGAUGAGGAUGACGAGCACGAGCACGAUCAUGACCAUGACCAUGACCACGAAUGCGAUCACGACCAUGAUCAUGAUCAUGAUCAUGACCACGACCACGACCACCAUCACCAUCAUGACCAUGACCACGAUCAUGACCACGAACAUGAACAUGAUGUCGAGUGUGAGCAUCAUCAUCAUCAUCAUCACCACCAUCACCACCACCACCACCAUGAUCAUGACCAUGACUAUGCACAUGAUUAUGUCGACGACAUGAUUGACGAUGAAGAUGCUGACGAUGACGAAUCUUAUGGUGAGGGCCCUCUAACUGGCCUCCUCACCGAAGUUCCCAACAUUCUGGACCCGAAGCAGAUUGAGGCUCUCCACAUGAUUGUGAAAUCAUGUAUUCUGGACAAUGCGGGGUCCGGUCUCACGCGUGCUGGCGAAAACUUGCAAAAGACGAGAUGUAGGAUGUUUCUGGCCCUUGACUGCGGCAAGAGUCUUUUGCGAGAGCUUCUUGUCUUCAUUGCUGUUUGGGACAAGGACGAGCAAUCACUCAUUUUCCAAGUCACCACUCAGAUUGUUGAAGCCCUCCACCACAGCGCCUUGAUUCCCUACGCCUGGAAUUCCCUCCGUAUCCCCAAGGAUAUUAUAUCCCCAGCGCAAACUGUGCUUCUGCGGCUGGUCAGCCACAUGUUCCGAGCCAGAGUAAACAACACCGCCGCCAACAAGAACAACAAUGGCGGCAACAAUUCUUCAGGAAUAAACACCAGCCCGCCUAUCGCCAGCGCGAAUAACAGUUCAUCGCAGGACAAGGAUAACUCUCGGGAUGUCAAGCUUGUCCACUUCUUCUUCAGCUACUUCCGCAGCCGCAUUGUUCCCGAAUGCGCUGCUCUCAUGCAUCUGCAGGCCCAAAUUCGCGAAGAAAAGUGUGAUGCGGCCGAAUUUCCCGUCGACAGCUGGGACAUGGAACGUGCCAAGGACGGACUCGCACAAUACCUCGAUUUCCUCACCACGGUCGCCGAAAUGACGGAUACUCGUGCCAAAUUGAUUGAAUGGGAAGCAAUAUAUGAUCUCAUCGCUAUUUUGGGAGGCCUUGAAGCAGGCGUUGCGAAGAAACCACUUAUCGAGCUGCCCAAACGCUCACCACCCAAACCCGAGCCAUCCCCAACAUCAUCAUACACCACACCUACGACGGCGACAAACCCCAUGGUUGAGCGUCCGUAUGCCACCGAACCAACAUCACCAUCACCGUCCCCUCCUCCACCACCCAUCCAGGAACCGGCGCACAAAUUCCCCUGGCCCGGCGUCAAGGGCCAAAUCUUUACUAUCCUUGCCACGCUCCUUCAGCCCCCGGCAGGGCAAUCUAGCCCCGGAAACAGUCAAGUGCAAUCACAAAUGGUCAAGUAUAACGGGAUUGUCCCCCUGCUGAAUAGCUGUGCGUACGACGACCACAACCCGUUUGCAAAGGAACGCGUGACAAUCUGUCUUAAGUGGCUCCUAGAUGGCUGUGAGGCCGCCAACAAUUUCUUUCGGGAAUUAGUUAGUAUGGCACCGCAGCCGAAUUUGAAACCUACUCCGGGUGGCGCGACGGUGUCGACGCUGAGAGUAGAUGGUAUACAGGGCGAUAUCAAAGUACAAGUGAGGUCGAGGACGGCGCCGCCGGUGGGCAGGAGCGGCGUGGUGGAAGAGAUAGUGGAUGAUGACAAGGACUUGUUGGAGAGGGCGGCGGAAAUGAGUCUGAAUUCGCCGCCUGUUGCGUCUAGAGGGAGUGUAGAGGAUGAUUUCAUGGCGUAG